UUUUUUUUUUACAGAUCUUCAAUAUCAUGUACAACUCCAAGAGCCUUUCGGCACUCUUGUGCCUUGCCCUCGUCACUCCUUCCGCUCUGUCGGCACCUGUUGCCUCCAAGAGCACAACCCUGGCCGAAAGGCAAUUCGACUCAGAGAGCUUUGCGGGGAGCGGCACCGAUAUCUCCAUCCCCGAUGGACCCUACUACAACACGGCGAGCGCCGCCGCCUCUCGCUACCACGAAGGCAGCGGUAAGGACAGCGGAUCGCAUGAAACGGACAGCAGCACCGCUGCAGGCCAGGCCUGGAAUAUCGGGAUCCCCGACGGUCCCAGCUACACUGGAGGCAACGCCGCCUCCUCUCACUACCACGAAGGCAGCGACAAGAACGGUGAUGGCAAGAACAGUGGCUCGCAUCAAUCGGACAGCACCGAUGCAGGUCAGUCUUGGAAUAUCGGGAUUCCUGACGGACCCAAUGUCAACAUGGGUAACUUCUACCAUGUGAGCCAUGAGAGCUCGGAGGCACCUAAGUCUGAGCCCAAGCCUGAGCCCAAGCCUGAGCCCGAGCCUAAGCCCGAGCCCAAGCCCGAGCCCAAGCCUCAGCAUCCGGAGACCACAGAGCCGGCAUCACCACCGCCUUCACCACCGCACAAUGAGCCGGCCCCUCCCGCUCCUGCUCCUCAGACCUCGGAGGCACCCAACCCCAACCCUUCUGCUGUUGCUCCUCCUACCCAUGAAGGGCCCGGAAGUGCACCCGUCCCUGCCCCUCCGUCCCCUCAAACCCCGACCACUGCCCCUGCUCCUCCCCAGGAAAAGCCUUCUGCGGGUCCUUCUGAGCCUGUCGCUCCGGUCCCUGCUCCUGCCCCUGGCCCGGCCCCUGCCGCCCCGGUUGAUGCCUCUCCUGUUGAGAAGCCUGCUAGCCCUGUCCCUGCUCCCGAAGCUGAGGGCCCUGGUGCUGAGGAACCUGCCGAAGAUUGCCCUUCUCCCGAGUCUGAGGAGGGAGCUGCUCCUAGCCCUGCUCCUGAGUCUGCUCCUGAGUCUGCUCCCGAGUCUGCUCCCGAGUCUGCUCCUGAGUCCGCGCCUGAGUCCGCGCCUGAGUCCAGCCCCAAGUCUCCUGCUGAGUCCGGCCCAGCACCCGGCCCUGAGACCGAAAAGCCCACGUCUACCCCGGCGUCUGCUCCCGCUCCCGAAACCAAGCCUGAGUCUGCCCCCGAGACCCAACCCCAACCCGGCCCUGACGCUCCCGCCGCCGCACCCAGCAGCCCCGCAUCAACCCCCGCCACAGAGCCCAAGACAGUCCCUGAGAACGAGAACAAGCCUGCCCCUGCCCCUGCGCCUGUGUCCCCGCCACUCCCCGCCUACACUUGUCAAUGUCCUGCCUAGAUCCCUUUGAAGAUGGAUCCAAUGGAAUAGUGGCAAUCUACACGCAGCGCUUUAAGCACGUCUUUCCCCCCUCUCAUCAAUCAGCGAUCAUUUUCCCUUUCAUCUGCUUCAAACUUCCCUUCUCUAUACAAAUUUCUGGCUGAUCAUGUAUUGUUUGCUUCUCAACGGAGCAAAACCGGAGUAUUUACUGUCGUAUCCAUCUGUUCAACUCCCAACAUGAUGUGUAAUUUUUCUUUGUCGGGAUUGCAUGAUUGUACGUUUUUUUUUUUUUUUG